CCAUUAACGGUUACAUGUACGGAAAUCAGCCUGGUCUUGAGAUGUGUAAAGGAAGUGUGGUCUCCUGGCAUUUGAUGGGCUUGGGGUCAGAAGUCGAUAUCCAUGGCAUAUACUUUUCAGAAAACACAUUCAUAACUAAAGGAACAAGAAGGGAUACAGCAAAUCUGUUUCCACAUACGUUUCUUACAGCUAUCAUGCAGCCUGAUUCUGAAGGAGUUUUUGAAGUGUCUUGCCUGACAGCAGAUCACUACAAAGGGGGCAUGAAACAGAACUACAAAGUGAAACAAUGCCAUUGGUGGAAUGUGGAUGUAUCGAUGUAUUUGCAUGAAAAGACUUACUAUAUUGCUGCAGUGGAAGUUGAAUGGGACUAUUCUCCUAACAGGACAUGGGAAUUUGAGCGGCAUCAAUACCAUGAGGAAAGCCCUGGCAAUCAAUUUUUAAAUAAAGAAGACAAAUUCAUUGGCUCAAAAUACAAAAAGGUGGUAUAUCGUGAGUACACUGAUCAGACAUUCAGUACUCCCAAAAACAGAGCAGAGGAGGAGCAGCACCUGGAAAUUCAAGGGCCACUGCUUAUGUCAAGUAUUGGAGAUAAAAUUACAAUAGUUUUCAAGAACUUGGCAUCAAGACCUUAUUCUAUACACGCCCAUGGAGUGAAAACAGACAGCCCUGCUGCUGUAACAAACCCAGGUGAAACAAAAACGUAUGUCUGGCAAAUCCCAGAGAGAUCUGGUUCUGAGAGAGGAGAUCCACACUGCAUUGCAUGGGCGUACCACUCGACAGUGGACAUCGUUAAGGACACUUACAGUGGAUUAAUAGGCACACUCGUUGUGUGUCAUAACCAUUAUUUGCCAUCAUUUCAUGCUGAAAAGAAAGUUCAAUUUGCUCUUCUUUUUAUGGUUUUUGAUGAAAAUGAAUCAUGGUACUUUGAUGAAAACAUUAAAACCUAUUCUACUAACCCGCACCUUGUUGACAAAGAGGACGAGGAAUUCCUUGAAAGUAAUAAAAUGCAUGCAAUUAACGGAAAGGUGUUUGGAAAUUUACACGGUCUGACGAUGCAUGUUGGGGACAAAGUGAGCUGGUAUUUGAUGGGGAUGGGCAACGAGGUGGACAUUCACACGGCGCACUUCCACGGCCACAGCUUCCACUACAAGCAAUCAGGGGUUUACCAGGCAGACGUCUUUGAUCUGUUCCCUGGGACAUUUCAGACUGUGGAAAUGACCCCGCAGAACCCUGGAACGUGGCUCUUGCACUGCCACGUCACCGACCACAUCCACGCGGGCAUGGAGGCGACCUACACCGUGCUCCCCAAGGAAGGCCGGAGCUGAUCUAUCUCAGUCAUGUUCGUUACGUUUAACGAUGCAGAACGGGGCGCACAGACAGGCCAGCGUGCUUGGAUCCAGUUCAGCCACCCGGCAACAUUCCACAGCUUAAUAU